GAAAAAAAUCGCUACAGUUGCCACUUGCCCAAUUAAAGACACAAUAACACUACCCUGGCUAUUAAAAAAACAAAAACAAGAACCUCCUUCAAAAUGGAAUAAAGAAAAAAGAAAAAAAAUAGUUAAAGAAACUGUUUUUCCUUAGGGUUUUCGUGACGUAGAAGUGAAUGGAAAACCCAAAGGAAGACGAGUUAAUGGAAGAAGAUAAAAGAUAAACCUGAUUUUAAGGACAAAGUUUCAGUAUGUCGGAGGAGGAGCCAGACAAAGUUGAAAAGACUGCCCUUGCCUUCGAUGACUUGGACGACAUUCCAAGCAUCGACUGUGAAGACAGCCUUUCAGAUUCACUUCCCACAGUGAAAGAGGUUGCUCCUUUGAGGUCUACAAAGAGCAAUAUUGGAGAAAAUGUAGAGAAGAAGGAGGAAAUGGUAAAAGAAAGCAGAGAUAAAGAAGAGGGAGAUGAGGCAGGGCAAGAAGCAUGCAGUGGAGGAAAUUUUAGAGAUAAGCUAGAAGAGGGUACAAUGCAGCCUGAAGAUAAGGGAAGUGGGUUCACAGAUAAGCCUGGGGUAGGGGAUGGAGCAACUGAUAAUCUGGAAUCACCUGCUGUAACUCACACGUUCUCGUUCCCCUUACGGAAGGAACCAGGAGGGCCCCCUGACACCACUUCAGCCCGACCGGAGCCAAUGGACAGAGAGGAGGGCCAGGCAUCCCAGGCCUCUUCGUCACCCAAGCCCUCUGCCAAAACCAAGAGCAAGUCGAAGAAGCCCAAGGCAUCUCGUCUAGCUAAGGAAGAGAGGGACUCAGACUCCUCAGUGUCCUCCCGGAAGAAGGGCCGAACAACCACCAAGGCACAAGUCAAGUGCAA